UUCCUCUGAAAAAGGCCUUCAUGGUUUUGUGUGGAAUUGAGAAGAAGAGGAGUAUGCUGGAGAUGUUGGUAGCAUGAUGUUUGAAGGAGUUGUGUGAAGAUGUUUGAAGCAAGGGUUUAUAGCUUUUGUUUUAAGAUGAAAUAAGCCAUUUUCAGAUCUGUUAAAAAAAAAAAACAGUCUUCAAGGGAAACGUCUGCGCGGCUGCAGACAAUAGUUCCCUUGAAGAUGUUUGAAGAAAAAACAAACACCCCCUAAUUGUCAUUUCCUUUCUUUCUAAAACAUGGUUUCUCUUUUAAACCUUUUUUAUUUUUCGAUAGGAACUAAAGUGAUUGAAAUUUCCUUUCUAAAACAGAAACGUUGACAACCAUAUUUCCUUUUGAGCUUUCGCUGAUUUUCGGUGAUUUGAGUAUUUCCGUGUUUCCGGAUUCAUAGCUCAAUCUUUCCGCGUUUUCCUUUUCGGCAUCAAUCUUGAACCUGGACUCGUUCAUAACUCGCAUACGAAUCAAUCACAAAUCUUUUCUAAAUAUAUGAGACUCGCGAACACUAUAAAACCGAACCAUCAUCAUGGUUCUAUUCCCCAUCUCGACACCACUACUACUCGACACCCUCACCCUUCUCGGAUUCGUAACCAAGUUUGUCGGAGUUCAAGGGAGACAUCACCUAAGACACAGAGGCGCUGCCACAGAUUGGAGAAACCCACCGGAGAAUCAAGUAUGUCGUCAGGAACUCGUACCGCCAGAGAAGACGACCAGAGUUCGAUGGAACUCCACUCCGUUCCUGUUGCGACGUUACCGGAGAGGACCUGCAAGUGGCCGGGAACACCUCGCACCUCCACUGUUUUGGAUAAUUGCUUGCUCAUUCUCUUGGAUUGUUCCAAUCUUAGUCGUACGUUCUUACAAGAAAUCGCGACGCAAUCAAUUGACGCAAGCACGGAAGGCUCACGGGUCAAAGGGACACAAGGAAGCAAACGCGAAUACGGACACAAAUAGAUUUUGUAGUAUGAAAUUGAUGACGUUCGCUAAGGAAACCAAACGGGUCAAGAUGAGGCCUUAUGAUUAUAUUGAAAUAUUUCAUGGAAAAUGGCUACGGAAGUAUAACCGGUUAUUGGGUAGAAUUUCAUAUAAGCACGCAAUCCGGAAAUCAAAGAGGCGGUGUAAUAGAUAACAGACUCGGAUGUGAGCUUGGUUUAAUAGAUAAGCAAUUAUGUGAGUGGAAAUUUUAGUAACAAAGUUCGGUUCGUAGAUUUGAAUGAAAUAUAUGAGUUUAACGAAUACCGGGGGUCGAGUGCGUAAACCCCAGGUACGGAACUCCGGAUAAUGUAAAAGUAUUAUGGUUAUAAUGUUCAUAUAAGUUUUGGGUUAAAAACAAAUGAGUAGUUUGGUGAAAUCAUGAACGGGUCGAAUAAAUCGUAAUUGAAUAAUAAGCCGAUAGUGUGUAAGUUAAGGAUUUCCUUAAUCCGGAUGUGAGAUCUUGAGUCGAUAGAGGGCCAAUUUACGGUCAUGUAUGAAGAAACGGGAGGUUAAACGGGUAAACGGUUCAAAAUUUAUGCGAGUUUUAGUGCGUACGAACGACGAAACAACACAGCAGGAAAAACCCAUUUUCUAGAGGCCGUCGCUGACGCCCUAGGGGCCGUCGCCGACGCCCUCUGGUAAGUCAGUUUUUGGCCGUCGCCGACGCCCUACGGAGGUCAAGGGCUACGGGCAAUUGAUCGUUCCUUUGACGUUUAUGGACUAUAAAUCUAAGUCUAAGUACCAUGUAACUAAUGUAUCGGUAUAUAAGAGGUAUGUAAGAUCUUGAACGUGUACGUGGAAUGUAUGGGCGUAAGUAGAUGUGUAUUUAUGUAUAUGUGAAGAUACGUAUGUGUAUAUGUAUGUAUGUA